CCAGCUGGAGCAGCAGACCGGACAUCAUUCCAGACAAAUGGCUGUCCAAUCUCUUCUUAAAAACCUCCAGCAAUGGAACACCCACAAUUUGGUCCUCCAAGUCUUCCAACUAAGAGUCAACACUGAACUGACAUCAUGUAACCAGCCAAAUGAUGGCUUUGAACUUUUCUAUUGUUCUUUGUUGUUGUCCAUGGGGUCGCAGUGGGUCGGACACGACUUCGCAAUUAACAACAACAACAAUUGUUCUUUUUACAUUUAAUUAUUUGCAAGCCGCUCAGGGUCUUGUAGAGUAUAUAGAAGAUGGACAGCUAUUUAAAUCAGAAUAACUACGUAUCUGGGGAUCAGACUCGGAGCAACAGCAAAGCAACUCAUCCUUUUUGCAAAGAUAUGUCCUAGCAGAGAAAAAAUACCCCACCCCACCCCAUGCAAUAAAAAGGCUCUGAACAAUUGCUUGCAAUUCACACGAGGCUGAAACGCGUGUCAUCACUUGGCGGUUGGGGGUGAAGUCAAAACAGAAUGCUGACCCGGGUCUAUUGAUAGCGUGAAGAUCCAGAAGGCGGAAAUCCGACUAGCGGCAAAUCGAGGAAGGCGGGGAAGCAAGGCCACGCCCACUCUCUCUCCGGCAACCAUUGGCCUUCCCGCCCGUGCCAACCUGCCCGGUGCAAAGAUGGCGCCCACAGGGCCGGAAGCUGCUUGGUCGGAAACGGAAGCGCGGCGCUAAGGUGAAUUAGGCGGCGGCCCAAGAGCGGCUGCUGGCGAUGAAGCAGCUCCGAGCGCCCGGGGCGCUAUGGGGCCUGGCCCUGAUCCUGUGGCAGGUGGGCCCGGGGGCGCGGGCGAUGGACCCAGUCACCGUGGGCAUAGCCUUGGCCGGCACCGCCUCGGCCCUCACCGGCCUCAUCUCCCUCCCGAGGCUGUAUUGCUACUUUGCCGAAUGCUGCGUGGAAAGGCCGGUGGCGCAGGUCAGGCAAGAUCUGAAGGACAAUUUGGAGAAAAAAGUCUUUGGACAACAUCUUGUGUCUGAGGUGAUAGUGAAAGCCGUGACCGGGUUUUUGACAAACCCAAAUCCGAAAAAACCCUUGGCCCUCUCUUUGCACGGAUGGACGGGGACGGGCAAGAAUUUCGUCAGUAAGAUUGUGGCGGAAAGCCUUUACGAUGAAGGCCUCAAGAGCAAAUACGUGCACCAGUUUGUGUCUACUUUGCACUUCCCACAUCAGCAGAACAUCAGUCAGUAUAAGGACCAAUUGCAAACGUGGAUUCGUGGCAACGUGAGUUCCUGUGCAAGGUCGAUCUUUAUAUUUGAUGAGAUGGACAAAAUGCACGCUGGACUCAUAGACUCCAUUAAGCCUUUCCUGGAAUAUUAUGAAGAAAUAGAUGGCAUAUCAUAUCGAAAAGCGAUUUUCAUCUUCCUCAGCAAUGCAGGAGCUGAAAAAAUAACCGAAGUGGCAAUCGACCACUGGAAGAAUGGAAAGAAGAGGGAAGAGCUGCCUCUCCAUGUUUUGCAACAGACAUUGUCGAAUUCUGUGUUUAAUAACAAAAAUAGUGGAUUUUGGCACAGCAACCUGAUCGACCGAAAUGUCAUUGAUUACUUUAUUCCCUUCCUGCCUCUCGAAAUCAGCCAUGUGAAAAUGUGCAUCAGGGCUGAAUUGGAAUUGCGGGGCCACCCCAUCAAUGAAGCCGUGGUCUCACGGGUGGCCGAUGAGAUGACCUAUUUCCCCAAAGAGGAGCGGAUCUAUUCUGACAAAGGGUGCAAGACAGUUUACACAAAAUUAGAUUUCUAUUACGACGUCUAAAAUUGUUUUCUGCUUGCAACUUCAGAGAAGGGGGAGAAAAACGAACCUAUUCAGAGGACCCAAAGGAAAAACCAAAUCACUUUCUUUCUCCCCCUCCCCCCCCCCCCCCGAGAUUUUAACCUAUGUAAAUAGGAUGACUAAUUGAGAUUGGGGAAGAGCUGGGAUCUCUAAAAUUGUGGCCUGUUUGUUAAGAAAACAGUUUUGAGGUCCAUCCGUUGCAAAAUUGUUUUAAUCAUGACUGCAUUUUGGUCCAUGACACAAGCUCUUUAGGGACCACGUCCAUCUGCCUGGAAGUAAAAACGGUUCUAAUUAGAUAACAGUUGAUUAUGAAAAGUUGUGGGGUUGUUUUUUGGGGGGGAAACAUUUGUGACUCCUAAGAAAUGAAGGAAUGUUUUUGCAUCUGUGCAUUUUUUAAAAAAUAAUUUUGUACAAAUUAGCAGCUUGAAUCUUUCUGUUUUCUUUGGGUAUCCUUCGAGCUGCUUUUAAGGAGUCUUUAUUGUGUAUCCAGACCAGUGUUGGUGCUAAAAAAAUAAUAAUAAUCAGAAAAGUGAUCUAUGGCUGCCAAAAUUGUCAAGCAACAAAAUAUUUGACUGUAUUUCAGGGAGAUUAUUUUUUUUUUUAUUUUUUUGUAAUUUUGGAAUAAAACGCAACUGGCCAUCUUAACUCCUGCCUGGGCUGAACAAGACAUAUUCCAAGUAUUUUGAGAAUCAUCUGCAAUUCCUUGAAGCAAGAACUUAUCAGAACCAAUUCAGAAAGCGUUGCCUUUGUGCCAAACCCAGAAUUUGUGAGAAUAUUUUGAUAUUGUGGUCUCUCUGCAAUCACUUGCAAAAUAUUCCUUUCCUCUACCCAGCCAAAUAAAAUGGCUUAGUGAAGCAGCUUUCCUUAACAAGAAGGUAUUUGUCUCUUAACAGUGGUUUGUUGAACAGUGCUGGAAUAUUUUUCUUAAUAAAGGAAAACAAAGCUGGUAGGUUAA